UUAUUGUAGAUAGCUACAUAGAGGACGAUCAUGUCAAUGAAACGUUUCUCUACGCACACACACGCAUGCAUAAACGUGCAUAAAUUCACACACACACGCACGCACACACGUACAACAGCAACCCUUGUCAGUCUGUGCGACAUAAAGUUUCAUUGUUUAGAAAAUUGUUUAUGCAAGUGUGUGGACAUGGUACUGAGUGUGUGUGUUUGUGUGCCCAGAUGGGGUCUAAGCGUGUUUGACAGUGCCCAGCCCAGUAGAGCGCGGUUCCCGUCCCACGUUCUGCGUGAGGCAGUUCAGUCCGGGAGACAGCUGGUUCAGUCUGCCUGUAUGACAGGAUAAUAAACACCACACAGAACUCUACCACGCCGGGACACUGGACCUUUCAUUCAGGUUGCAGAGACGCAGAGAAUCCCCGGACAAUUGAUUUGGAAAAGAUUUUGUUGUAGUUAUUCACAUGUCUGAGGACAGGACAGAGGAAAGAUCAGUGUUGACCAUCACUAAGUCUCUGUCAAAAACGAACAUCACUGGACACAACUCCCAAGACAAAGGACAAACACACUUUCCUUGUACCUGCAUAAACAAGACUUUUUCAAAGGAAACUUCUCUGUGCUGUUUUACAUUAUUGUUCUAGACAAUUCAGAUCUCUUAGCAAUCUUGAGAACAAAGCGAGUAGAUUUUAAACCAUCUUGAAAAAAAUCCAACUCGAAAACAACAUCAACUCUUUCCAUCCGCUGAACAGAACCGAGUCGGAGGGGCUUCUCUGUCUUGUCGCCAUGGCGUCGACGGGCCUGCAGCUGCUCGGCCUCCUACUGGCCGUGAUGGGCUGGGUGGGUGGGGCCCUGGUGUGCGCCGCCCCCUUGUGGCGAGUCUCCGCCUUCGUGGGCGGGGAGAUAGUGAUCGCUCAGGUGAUGUGGGAGGGGCUGUGGAUGACCUGCUUGUCCCAAAGCACCGGGGAGAUCCAGUGCAAGACGUACGACUCCACGCUGGCACUCCCCACCUCGGCGCAGGCCUCCCGCGGCCUCUGCGUGAUCUCCCUGCUCCUCUGCCUCUUCGCCCUCCUGCUGGGCGUGGUGGGGGUCAAGUGCACCACGUGCCUGGGGGAGGGCGCCUACUCAUCCAAGGCCCGGCUGGCCCGCGUGGCCGGGGCGAUGUUCGUCGGCGCCGGGCUUCUGUACCUGGCGCCCAUCUGCUGGACGGCCUACGCCGUGGUGCGGGACUUCUACGACCCGAACAUCGCGGCGCCGCUGAAGAGGGAGCUAGGCCCCGCCUUGUACCUGGGCUGGGGAUCGGGGAUUCUGCUGCUGGUGGGCGGGGCCCUGCUGAAUGCGGGUUCCGCCCCUCCGGCUGUUAGGCCGACGCCUACUUAUGGGGGAGGUGGUAGGAGUAACCCGCUGCCUGUGGUGAUGGAGGAGAAGGAGUAUGUCUGAACUGGGCCCUGCCGGGGUCAUGUUCAUCACAAUGGAAGGCAAGCGGACUGGUACAGCGAGGCGUCGGAAUUCGUCCAAUGUCAAAAUGCUAAUUGUCGUUCUCCACCGCGAAAAUGUCCGCUGCUUUAUGUCCUGCAAUGAACCACCCGGUCACCCCACCAGAUCUCAGCGAAGGAGGCACAGGUCAAAAUGUGAACGAGAAAAAGUCUAUUAUUAUUAUAAAAAAUAUACAGUAGGAUUACUCUGCCCUUCCAGUUUGACCCGGUUUUGUUAAUUUUCUUAUGGCAUUAUCCUAUUUUUAAAUGAUCUGACUGUGAUUUGUGAUGCACGUGUUAAUAUCAUCUUGGCAAAUGUAAUGCAUAUAUUAAAUAACUCCAUAUUUCA